ACCUGUUCAACGAGCUCCACAAGUCGCAGAACUCUCGGCAUGUUUCUCUUUUUGUCUCAAAGCGUACCUGCUCGGCUCUCAUGCCUCGGUUGAUGCUCGGCAGGCCCGAAGGUCACGGGGUCCCGGGUCCCGGUGUGAGAGCCGCUCUGGACCGGGCCCUCCGGCGGCGGUGGGGGGAGGGAGGUGCUGCUGCUGAGAUGAUCACAUGUGAGCGAGAGCCUAUCCCAGCUGAUUUUGCACAAGAAGCGGCGUACACGCUGGACGACUCAGACCUUCAGAAGGCACCACAUUCACCUCCCUCACAGAGGAGGAGUAGGCUCCUCCCUUUCUCCUCCUGUAAAAAAGCAUGGUGCACCUUCCUCCCAGCGGCGGUGGUGUGGUCAGUGUGCCACCUGGAGGCGGCGCUGUCUUUGGUGGACGUUUGCUGGAGUCUGUCCCUGCUGUGCUCGCUGUGGGCCGCCCUGGGGGGCUGCGUCUACUUGCUGAUGUGCUACCUGAGGUCUUCAUACCCACCGGGGGGCACCGCUCCCAGAUUACAAGAGGAGGUCGUCACCAAAAGCGAGGUGUUGUUUGAACGGUCAAGAAGUCCAGACAAACACAUAGCCUUGGGCCUCAUCCUGGCUGACAGCCUGCUCCUGAGCGUGCUCCAGGAACCCUCGCCGGAUCCCAGUGGACCCAAUAUGUUGGAUCUCCUCUCCAGGCUGGAAGCUGUAUCAAACACCCUGGACCCUGCAGACCUGGUCUUAGACGUCCCGACCCAAAGUCAAGUACUGACUGACAAAGUGACACUCAUCCGCACUUACCUGCAGCAAAGGACCACCUCCCUAAGGACGCUGGUCCAAGUCCAGGCUGAUUUUGAGGCUGGUGUGAAGGAGCUGCAGGAAGAGGUGGAGCUCCGCUGGGCCCAGCUGGAGGAUUUGCACACAGGGGUCACGCUCACUAAAGAGGGAGGGCAAGACCACAGGGACCUGGCGUCGACCCUCAAGGACGCAGAGACCUUAUUUGCAGUCCUGAGCCGCCACAGGAGCCAACUUGAUGACUGCCAGGAGCUCCUGAAAGACAGCACACAUCUCCUCCAGGAGCUGACAUGGAGUCACAGCCGUGCUCUGCCCUGUCUUGGCAGCAACAGCAGAACCAGUGAGUCGUUGUGGCCAGAAGUGCUGCUCCAGUCCAACAUGGAGCAGUUUGACAAGGGCCAGGAGCGCUUCCUGUCCCUGGAGCAGCAGACCUCCACCUUCCAGGCCCACCUGGAGGGGCUCGUCGCUGACAGGGCCUCCUCCAGCCCUUCCCUGGACCUCAACAGCGGACUCUCCAGCAAUGUUUCUUCUGACCACUGGGAGUCCACCACCACGGCCGACUCGGACAGUGAGGUGGACGCCGACUCAGACACAGACGCUCAACCGUCUCUGUGUGAGAGGUCAGCGUUCAAGGUCACCUCCACUAUAGGACACUUACGGAAAUCUUCCCGAAAGAAGAAGUGAAUGAAUGAACGUUCUUGUAUUUUAAUUAUGUUUUUGUGACACAAGGGGGCACCUUGCCACCACUUAUGACAACAUCAUGGAAAGUACUAUUAUUUAUACUUGAUUUAAAUAAAAUUAGAAUUUUACAUUUGUUUGCUACAAUGCCAUGAAGAUGAAUAGUGCAUAUAGUACGAGGAAAAUAAGUCUCUUCCCUAUCCGUCAUGCUUCAAAGUCUAGAGGAGAGGGCUGUACGGAGGGGGGUUAGCGAAGGUCAGCGCCGGAAGCGUUUUUGUUAUUACAGAAAACGAGGCGGCCCUCUCGACCUCCUCUGCGAAACGUGAAUGUCUUUGAUCCCAAAUUCAAUCUGUGGACUUCUGAGGUGGCCAACAAGGAGCUAAAAGGUCGACACAGACGCCGUUUGACUUGUGUUGGACUGAUUCAUACCUCAGCAGCCGUGCGGAGGUGUCGUGUUGUUGUGUUUCAGCCUCUGGAGGUUUGGGAUGAAAGGAAAGUUAGCUUGGCCCGCUAGCAUUGGUGGAAGUGGCAGAACCACAAGGAAGGCAAUGCUUUGGGUCAGGAUUCGUGCGUGGAAAGAUGCUCAUGUGGAUGUUGAUUGAAAACUUGGAUAGUUUUUAUUUUAUUUUAUUCUAUUUAA